AUGAAGUUCUACAUUGACUACAUGUGCGAUCUCAAAAGUACCAUGUCCGAGAUUGAAAAGGCGCUGGUUGAAUUGAAGGCUCUCAUGAAAUAUCGCGCUGAGCAGCUCGGAUACGAAGAGGAUUUCCGAGGACUGGGUUUGACGAGUCGAAAGAACCUUUGUCUUCACCCGUCAGUCAAGCGGGAGAAGAGCGGAGCCGUCGUUGAUGCACGAUGUCGAAGUCUGACGGCCGGCUUUGUCAAGGAGAAGAAGGACCGUGGAGAGAACGUCGACGUUUGCGUGUAUCACGACAACCUGGACCUGCUGGAGCCACACAAUCUGGUACCCAACGGCGUGUGGACGUUUGACGGGAUACUGCGAUAUGGAGAGGAGAACAAGCAAUGCCCGUACUUCACAAUGCAAUACUGCAAUGUGGUCAUCUUUUCGUACCAUUACCUCCUGGAUCCCAAAAUUGCGGAGCGAGUAUCGCGGGACUUCUCCAAGGACUGCAUCGUCGUCUUUGAUGAAGCACAUAACAUUGAUAACGUGUGUAUCGAAGCCCUGAGCACCGACAUCACCAAUGAGUCGUUGCAUAAAGCUACGAGGGGCGCGCAAAACCUGGAACGCAAAAUCUCAGAAAUGCGUGAUACAGAUCAAGAACAACUUCAGACCGAGUAUCAAAAACUGGUCCAGGGCCUGCGAGACGCAGAUGAGGCCCGACAAGAGGAUGCGUUCAUGGCAAACCCAGCACUUCCGGAGGAUCUGUUGAAGGAAGCUGUGCCUGGAAAUAUUCGCAGAGCCGAGCACUUUGUCUCCUUUUUGAAACGUUUUAUUGAGUAUCUCAAGACUCGCAUGAAAGUCCGGCAAGUUAUUUCAGAAACACCGCCGUCAUUUCUGUCCCACCUCAGAGAACAUACCUUCAUCGAGAAGAAGCCGCUACGGUUCUGUGCCGAACGACUAACGUCACUCGUCCGGACGCUGGAGCUCACAAAUAUCGAGGACUACCAACCUCUCCAAGAAGUGGCCACCUUUGCAACCCUGGUCUCAACUUACGAAAAAGGAUUCUUACUGAUUCUCGAACCAUACGAGUCCGAAACUGCCGAAGUCCCCAAUCCUGUCCUACACUUCACCUGCCUCGACGCGGCAAUCGCCAUUCGCCCUGUCUUCGACCGCUUCUACUCCGUCAUCAUCACCUCGGGCACCAUCUCUCCUCUCGAAAUGUACCCCAAAAUGCUGGACUUUCCCACAGUCGUCCAAGAGUCAUACACAAUCACCCUGGCGCGGCGCUCGUUCUUGCCCAUGAUUGUGACGAGAGGGAGUGACCAGUCUGCCAUGUCCACCAGUUUUCAGGUUCGCAACGAGCCAAGCGUGGUACGAAACUAUGGCGAUCUUCUCACGCAGUUUGCCAAGAUCACCCCAGACGGCAUGGUAGUGUUCUUUCCAUCGUACCUCUACAUGGAAUCCAUCAUCAGCAUGUGGCAGUCCAUGCAUAUUCUCGACGAGGUGUGGAAGUACAAGCUCAUUCUGGUCGAGACACCUGACGCGCAAGAAACUUCGCUGGCGCUCGAGACGUUCCGCACGGCUUGCUGCAAUGGUCGUGGUGCAGUUCUCCUGUGCGUGGCGCGGGGCAAGGUCUCUGAAGGUAUCGAUUUCGACCACCAGUACGGUCGGACAGUGCUGUGCAUCGGUGUGCCAUUCCAAUACACCGAGUCGCGUAUUCUGAAGGCCCGAUUGGAGUUCCUGCGCGAGACCUACCGCAUCAAAGAGAACGACUUCCUCUCCUUCGACGCCAUGCGACACGCAGCCCAGUGCCUGGGUCGUGUACUGCGUGGGAAAGAUGACUAUGGAAUCAUGGUUUUGUCCGAUCGCCGCUUCUUGAAGAAGAAGGACCAACUACCAAAAUGGAUCAACCAGGCCAUUCUUGAUUCAGAUGUCAAUCUGAGCACCGAUGUUGCCAUCAGCUCGGCGAAGAGGUUCUUACGCACGAUGGCGCAACCCUUCAAGGCCAAGGAUCAGGAAGGCAUCAGCACAUGGAGCUACAAAGACCUGCUGGAGCAUCAAGAGAACAGUAGGUCCGACAAUUUCAGGAUCCGCGAGUUUGUGGGGGACCAGCAAGCAUUCGGGGCGCCUCAGAACGUCGAUUCGGACUUGCACGAAUAUGACGAUGAUGAGUUGGACCAGGAAAUGAUGCAAAUGGGAAUGCCGUGA